AUGGGCUCCAUCGACAAUUCAUCCGCACUUCCUGAACACCUUCCCGUCCAAAUGCAGCUAAACCUCGAGGGCAAAGUCAUAGCCAUCACCGGCGCAAAUCGCGGAAUCGGCCUUGGUAUUGCGGAAUGCUGUCUUGCCAAUGGAGCUACCAAGGUCUUCAGUAUAGACUACGCAGACGAGGUGGGGGAUGACUUCAAGACUAUCGCCAAAGUCUACCCCGACCGCCUCUUCGCACUUAAGGCCGAUGUCACAGACGAAGAGAGCAUUCAGAAAGCUGUCGACAAUGUCUUAGAGCAGGCUGGUGCGCUGCAUGGGAUGGUCGUAAAUGCCGGACGUACGAACCACAAGAGCGCACUCGACUUCACUAAGAAAGAAAUUGAACAGCUGUUUGCCGUGAACUUAUUUGGGGCCUUUUACACUGCUCGUGUCGCUGCGCGAGCGUUCAUCAAACAGGGCGUAAAAGGAAGCAUCGUCUUCACAGCCUCUAUGGCCAGCUAUCGUCCGAACAAGGUGGUUCCGUCCGCACCUUACGGCGCUUCCAAAGGUGGUGUCCGCAACAUGACGCACACACUAGCUAUGGAAUGGGCUACCGAGGGAAUCAGAGUGAACUCUGUGUCACCCGGCCUAGUCAAGACGGCUAUGACAUAUUGGGUGGAGAAGCAAGCAGACUGGGAGACACAACUCAAGUAUUACCGGGGCAUUCCGAGGCUAGCGGAGGUACAGGAACUUGGUGGUGCAUAUGUAUACCUGUUAAGCGAUGCGGCGAGCUACACGACGAGCAUUGAUAUUCCAGUCAAUGGUGUUAUCGGUAUCUGCUAA